AUGCACAAGCUAUUUUCAAAAUUUGAGAGGCAUCUUAAUGUUGAUGAAUGCCUUAUCAUUAAACGGCCAUCUCUUGCUGCUAACACAGCAUCUUUCAAGAUUGUUCCUAACAACCAGAAGCUAACUUUUUAUUAUUAUACCUUUGUCGAAAAGUGCAAUGUAUGGAACGGUCCGCAAUACGUUUUCAAUUUUGUUGAGUUUAAUGAUGUUCUUUCAAAGAAAAUAAAAGAGGGUACGACAGUAGAUUUCAUUGGCUAUGUUGGUGUUUGUUAUAACAUUGAGGAUACUAACAAGAAGGAUGGUAGCAAAGGGAAACGUCUUAAUCUUAAGCUUCAAGAUCUUGAAGAUGUUCAGAUUGAUUUAACUCUUUGGGACGAUCACGCUAAGGACAUGUAUUCUUACAUGAUUAGCGAAAAGCGUGAAGCACAUGUUGUCGUUGUUGUCCAUUUCGGUGCAGUUAAAUCAUACAAAGGCAAAUGGGGAUUAUCCAAUAACUUUGAUGGUUCAAGAGUUUUCAUUAACGACAACUUUGAUGACAUGCUAUUGUUCAAGCAAAAGUUUCUUGCUAAACUUUCUGCUUCAAGUGAGUCAAGUAGCCAUGCUGGGUCAUAUAUGAUGUGUUCUGUCGAAGAUGAAUUUUUAAAGAAUGAUGUUUUUUCACCACUUGCUUACCUUCCAUCAAUCUUAGAGCCAAAGAAAGUUGUUGUUGUUGGAACUAUUGUGGCAAUCGUUUCUGAUAAGAUGUGGUAUUAUGAUGGUUGUAACUAUUGCAAGUCAAAAGUUGAGAAAAAGUUUGAAACCUAUGAUAAAGAUGAUGGAACAAGUGAUGUUAGAGAUACGCAGUUGUAUCAAUGUUCUAACAAGGAUUGUAAUGGAAAAGAGGUUUUCCCGAUGUCCAGGUUUAAAAUACCGGUUCGCGUUCAAGAUUCAACUGGAACUGUGACGCUUACAUUAUUUGACCAUGAGGCGAUGAAGUUUGUUCGGAAAACUGCAAAGGAGCUUAUUCAAAUUCAGGACGAGUUAUUGCAAACUAAUGAUUUCCCAAGAGAAUAUCCCGUUGAAUUUGAAGAGUUGCUUAAUCAAAAGUGUGCUUUUGUGAUUAAAGUAACUGACUUUAAUAUUGCAAAUGGUGUCGAGAAUUAUGGAAUAUCAGUUGUUACAACUGAUGAUGACAUCUUGGAUAAGCUCAACAAAAAAUUUAAAAUAGAUCAAAUGGAUGCUUAUGAAACUUUUGGUAUGAGUCAGUCUGAGUUGCAAACUUCUGGUGCUGAAGGUUUGAAGGAUGCCGAUUCUUACACUGGGGAUAACACCACACCUAUUUCAAAGGAUUAUGCGGUUGACUUGAAACAAUCAUCCUCUGACAUGAAGCGUAACCUUGAUGAUGUUUAUUUGAAUGAAGUUGGAUUGGCGUCCUCAGCAAUUCUUUCUAUUGUUUUAAAAAUGCAUAAUAGGUUUGAACAACUUAAGUCGUAUUAUUCAGAACGUCCACAUAUUGACCUUGAAAAUAAAUCUGAGCAAGCUAAAUGUAGGCGUUCGUUAAGAAAGCUAUAUAUUGAUAAUAAGAGAUCAAAUGCAGCUGCUUUUCCGGAAUAUGUUGUCAGAGCUUUAGAGGCUAAACACAGGCGCAAGUUAAGAAAAUUAUACCUUGAUCGUAAGAGAUCAAAUGUUACAAAAAAAUUAAUUUCUAGAGGUGGUACUUCAACAUCGUCAUCAUCAACACCAAUCCGGUUAAAUAACAAAGAGAAUUUUACUCCCAAUAUUUCAAACACCACCUUUCCUACCGAAUCUUCAACUGGUAUUGGGACAAGUAAUCAUUUAAAUUCGUCCUUUAAUGUAAGAUCAUCCGUUAUUACACAAUCAACUUUGAAGAAGAAAGGAAAUCUCGAUAAAAAGAUGUCUUCUGGAAAGCGUAGACUUAUUCAUAAACCAAUUGAAAUACAACCCAUACCAAUGGCUGUUCUUGACUCUGAUGAUGAAAAUCAUGUUAACGAGGUUGUGUUAGACGCCACAAAAGGCGUUUCUAAAGAUUACGUUGACCAUGGUGACCAAACUCUUACGUGUGGUUUAUGCUUUGCAAACUUAUGGCCAACCGAAGGUGGAAAGGGUCGCAUUACACUUCAAAAGCAAACAUAUAGCUUAUGUUGUGGAUAUGGUAAAGUUGAUUUGCCUGAAUAUAAAGAUUCUGAUCCAUCUUAUCAGAUGCUUUUUCGCGGUUUAGAUCAGGAAAGCAAAUAUUUCUUAAAGAACAUAAGACGUUACAAUUCUAUGUUUUCCUUUACUUCGAUGGGAGGAAAAGUUGAUACUAAAAUAAACAAAGGUAAUGCUCCAUUUGUUUAUAGAAUCAGUGGUCAGAAUGCACAUAGUAUGGGCAUUCUUCUUCCUAAGCAUGGAGCACAGCCAAAAUUUUCACAGCUUUAUAUCUAUGAUACUGAGAAUGAGCUUUCUAAUAGGGAGUUGUUAUUUAGUGAUUCUUCAAGCAAAGCUUCGAUAAGGGCAAAGGAACUUGAUGUGAAGUUUAUAAAGAUGGUACGAGACCAUCUCCAUGACAAUCCUAACGUUACUCUUAAACUUCGUAUAAUCUCACAGAGGGAUAGAGACGGUAGGACUUACAAUUUACCUACGUGUUCUGAAGUUGCUGCUUUGAUAGUUGAUGAACCUGAUCUCCAGAUUGAAAGCCGUGAUAUUAUUGUUGAAAUGCGUUCUGGAGAUCUUAAGCGUAUUAGCGAGUUACAUCCUUCUUAUCUUGCUCUACAGUAUCCAAUUCUUUUUCCGUAUGGAGACGAUGGAUAUAGGAUUAACAUUCCUCAUAGAGAAUUUGGUCCUAAUACAAAGAAGACAAGACCAACUUGUACUAUGAGGGAGUUCUUUGCUUUUAGAAUUCAGGAUAGGCAUAACAAGUUUUCUCUAAUUCUUAAUGCAAGAAGGUUGUUUCAGCAGUUUUUAGUCGAUGCCUACACAAUGAUUGAGAGUGAGAGGCUAAACUACAUACGUUUUCAGCAAAUCAAACUGCGAUCUGAUUCGCUUAACAGUCUUAAAAAUGUUCAAGACGUUGGUCAGAGUGAUUUGAGUCAUACGGGACAACCUGUUAUAUUACCUUCAUCUUUUACGGGUGGUUCUCGAUACAUGAUGCAAAAUUACUUAGAUGUUAUGGCGUUAUGUCAGAAGUAUGGGUAUCCUGAUUUCUUUAUCACAAUCACAUGUAAUCCGAAAUGGCCUGAGAUUGUAAGAUUUCUUGGUGACUCUUCAAUUAAGCCUGAAGACAGACCUGACAUACUUUGUCGAUUGUUUAAGAUGAAACUUGAUGAAUUGAUAAAAGAUAUGAAGCAAAAAAAUUUUUUUGGCGAUAUUAAUGCAGUUGUUUAUACCGUUGAGUUUCAAAAACGUGGUUUGCCACAUGCGCAUAUUUGCUUAUUUAUGAAAGCUGAUCAUAAGCUUCCUACGGUUGAACACAUCGAUCCCUUUAUAUCAGCUGAAAUUCCUGAUAAGAAUGAGGAUCCUGAAUUGUAUUCUCUUGUGAGUGACUUUAUGAUUCAUGGUCCUUGUGGAUAUGCGAACAUGAAAUGUCCAUGCAUGGUUGGCAACCGUUGUUCAAAGAAUUUUCCGAAGAGGUUUUUGGAUUCCACUUCCAUUGAUUCUGAUGGUUUUCCAGUUUAUAGGAGAAGAGAUUCUGGUCACACAGUUGUCAAGAAGGGCGUUCCUUUAGACAAUAGGAGUGUAGUUCCAUACAACAAAAACCUACUCAAAAGAUAUCAGGCACACAUUAACGUGGAAUGGUGCAAUCAGGCUGGCUCAAUAAAGUAUUUGUUUAAAUACAUUAAUAAAGGACCUGAUCGAGCCACUGUUGCUGUUUUUGAUUCAGACAGAGGCCCCGAUGAGGAAAUUCCAAAAGAUGAAAUUAAAGAGUACUACGAAGCUAGAUAUGUUUCCGCAUGUGAAGCCAGCUGGAGAAUAUUUGGCAAUGAUGUUCAUUAUCGGUAUCCAUCUGUUAUGAGGUUACCAUUUCAUCUUCCAGGACAACAAAAUGUUGUAUUUAGUUGUGACGAUGAUAUUGAGGAUGUCCUAAAUAAACCUCAAGUAAAUUCCUCUAUUUUCUUGGAAUGGAUGAAGAUGAACAAUUCUAAGCCUGAAGCAAGACAACUUACUUAUGUUGACUUUCCCACAAAAUAUGUGUGGAAGUUAAAAGAUCGUUGCUGGCAGCAACGCCAAAAUUAUGUUGUUAUUGGAAGAAUUUAUUCUGCGUCUCCAUCUCUUGGUGAGGCUUAUUACCUAAGAAUUCUUCUUACUAAGGUUAAAGGCCCACGAUCAUUUGAAGAAAUAAGAACAUAUGAUGGUGUUGUUUAUCCUACAUUUCGGGAUGCGUGUUAUGCACGUGGCCUGUUAGAUGAUGACAAUGAAUAUAUCGAGUGUAUUAAAGAAUCCAGUUUCACAGGAAACGGUCAUUAUCUUUGUUCUUUGUUUGCAACACUUCUAUUGUCUAAUACGCUAUCUAGACCUGAAGUUGUUUGGGAGAAAACGUGGGAGCUAUUGUCCGAGGACAUUUUAUACAAUAUGCGGAAAGAUUCUGGCAUGAGCGAUUUCGUUGUUUCUGAGGAACGUUUAAAGAAUAUUACGUUGUCGAAAAUCGAAAAAUUCCUUCUUCGUAAUGGAUCCAGCUUGCACAGGUUUUCACCAAUGCCUUAUCCUGAUGAUGACUAUCUGAUGUCCGAGAGCAACCGUUUGAUAAACGAGGAGCUUUCUUUUGACAUGGAUGAAGUUACGGCUGAGUUCAAUAAUCUUCACAGCUGUCUAAACGGCGAUCAAAGAGCCGUGUAUAAUGAAAUUAUGGAUGCUGUUCGGAUUGGUAAGGGUGGUGUGUUUUUUGUGUACGGUUAUGGUGGUGGGGGCAAGACUUUUCUGUGGAAAACUUUAGGUGCUUCUAUUAGAUGCAAUGGACAGAUUGUUAUUAAUGUUGCUUCAAGUGGUAUUGCAUCUUUGUUGUUAUCACGCGGUCGUACUGCUCACUCGCGAUUUCAUAUUCCAAUUAAUCUCAAUGAAGAUUCGGUAUGCCAUAUAAAGCCUAAUACUGAAAUCGCGAAUCUUUUAUAUGAAGCAAAGUUGAUUAUUUGGGACGAGGCACCGAUGAUACAUAAACAUGCUUUCGAGGCUCUUGAUCGUACAAUGAAGGAUGUUUUGAGUGUUUUUGAUUCACAAAAUUCAGAACUUCCAUUUGGUGGGAAAACUAUUGUAUUUGGUGGUGACUUUAGACAAAUCCUACCAGUUGUACAAAAUGGAAGCAGGCAAGAUAUCGUAAACGCCUCAUUAUGUUCAUCCCACAUCUGGUCCAGUUGCAAGGUGUUGAAAUUGACAAUCAACAUGCGUUUGUCGGUUGGAUCAAGUAGCUCAAACGUUAUGGAGAUAAACGAAUUUGGUAAAUGGCUUCUUGACAUCGGCGAAGGUUUGAUUGACUUUGUAUAUCCUUCAGUUCUUCAUCGUUAUAAAGACCGUGACUACUUUUCUGAGAGAGCUAUACUCGCUCCUAAGAAUGAAGUUGUUCAUGAGAUAAAUGACCGUUUGCUUGAUUUGUUUCCCGGUGAAGAAGUAGAGUAUCUUAGCUCUGAUAGUUUAUGUCCGACUGAGGAAAUCAACGAUCCGUUACAUCAAGAUUUGUAUAAUCCAGAUGUGUUAAAUAGUGUAAAAGUAUCAGGGUUACCAAAUCAUAGAUUGGUAUUAAAAUUGGGCGUUCCGGUUAUGCUUUUGAGGAAUAUUGAUCAGCAAAACGGUUUGUGCAAUGGUACGCGUCUUCAAAUCACACGUCUUGGUAAACGUGUUAUUGAAGCAGAGAUAUUAUCAGGAAGUAAUGUUGGAUCAAGAACUUACAUCCCAAGAAUCAGCAUGAUACCAUCUGACAAGAAAAUACCCUUCAAAUUUCAAAGAAGGCAAUUUCCAAUAACCGUAUGUUUUGCGAUGACUAUUAACAAAAGUCAAGGACAAUCUCUAUCUAGAGUUGGUAUAUACCUCAGAGACCCCGUGUUCUCACAUGGUCAGCUUUAUGUUGCGUUGUCCAGGGUAAAGACUAAGGAUGGCGUUAAGGUUUUAAUAUUCGACAAAGAUGGGAGGCCAACAAAUAAAACUGCAAACGUUGUUUACAAAGAAAUAUUUGGGAAAUUGUAG